AUGGAAAAAGUUAAGGUGAUUCAAGAACGACUUUGUAUAGCUCACUCCAUACAAAAGUGUUAUGCAGACCAGAUAGUUCGAGAUGUAGCUUAUAUGGUAGGUGAGAAGGUUCUUCUCCGAAUGUCACCUAUGAAGGGCAUGAUGCAGUUCGAGAAAAGGGGCAAGUUGAGUCUGAGGUUUAUUGGCCUGUUUGAAAUCUUGGAGGGAGUUGGGGAGGUUGCUUAUAGACUUGCAUUGCCUCCUAGCCCAGCAGGGCUUGAAGAAAAUUUGGCCUAUGAGGAAGAGCUAGUUGCUAUUCUAGACUUGCAG